UUCGCUCAGGCGGCGAGGAGAUUAGCGCUCCGGAUCAGAAAGUGGAAUUCGUGGUACUUGCUGAGUCCUGAGUCCUCCUGACACCCGCCAACAGAGAAGUCGCUUCGCGUUUCUCCCAGUUAAUCGCUGCAGCGAGGUGCUUUUGCUGGCGGCGGUUGGAUUCGGCUGGAGGGAGGAAGGAAGGAAGGGAAGCGGAAACAUGGACCUGAGUUCAGGGAUUCAAAAAGUCUCAAUUACCCAUCAACCGUCGGGAAGAGGUGUGCCUUGUUUGAAAUGCAGAGAAAAGUGUGCUGGUUUUGAUCCACAUUCUUGGAGGAAAAUAUGCAAGUCAUGCAAAUGCAGCCAGGAAGAUCACAGCCUGAGUUCUGAUGCAGAAGAUGAUCGGAAAAUUGGCCGCUUGCUUGCUGAUUCAAAAUAUUCUUCACUCACUGCUCGGGUAAAAGGAGGCGAUGGAAUCCGCAUCUAUAAAAGGAACCGCAUGAUUAUCACUAAUCCUAUAGUAUCUCGGAAAGAUCCAACUUUUGACACUGUUACGUAUGAAUGGGCUCCACCUGGAUUGACUCAGAAACUGGCAACCCAAUAUAUGAGUUUGAUUUCAAAGGAAAUGCAACCCGUGGCUGGCACAGAAGGUGCUUAUUACCGUCGUAGAAGGUUGAUGAGGCAACUUCCUCUUUAUGAUCAGGACCCUUCCCAAUGUCGGGGCCUUUCGGAGAAUGAAAUCAAGUUGAUGGAAGAGUUUAUUAAGCAGUAUAAAGACAAUGCUCUUGGAGUUGGAGAAGUUGCACUGCUGGGUCAAGGGGGAGCUACCAAAGAAGAAGGAAAGCAAUCUGAUAAAAAUACUGCAGCAAGUAAGGAAGCAGUUUCAACCAAUGGCACAUUGGGCCAUCUAUCAAAAGGGCAGGACUCGUGCUGUGACUUCUGCAAGCAGCUGUUACCUGCUGAGUUUCCGGUAGUGUAUGCAGACCGAGCCGGCUAUAAUCACCAGUGGCAUCCAUCAUGUUUUGUGUGCUCUAAGUGCUCUGAACCACUUGUUGAUUUGAUCUACUUCUGGAACAAUGGAGCCAUCUGGUGUGGACGCCAUUACUGUGACAGUAUAAAGCCACGCUGCGCAGCUUGUGAUGAGAUAAUAUUUUCUGAUGACUACCUGCAAACUGAAGGCCUUACCUGGCACAAACAGCAUUUCAUCUGCCUGGAAUGUGAGACCUUGCUGGCUGGCAAACCCUUCAUCCUGGACGCAGCCAGCCUGUGGUGUACCUCUUGCAGUAAAAACAAGCUCCCUUAAACUGGGUGUCAUUUCAAUGCUGAUGUUUUUGUGUGUUCUGACUUGGAACGGACUCAUUGGUGGGGAGGUCUUAAGCCAAAGAAGUUGCAUCCUAAGGAUUUAGAUCACUAAGGUUAUUUGCAGUCAAGUAGUUACAGGAAAUGAGAUGGGAAAUGAUAAUGCAGUAGGAGAAGAAUAGAGGAAUGGAAUGUUCUAGGCCUUUCAGGAAAGACAUUAAACAUUACAAAAAACUAGGCCCCAUUAUGUUAAAUUAUUUCAACUUUGGUAUAUUACAAACACAACUAUUCCAGGAGGUAUACACACACACACACACACACAUACACACAGUUAUCAUUGUGCUGCUGGGUUUUGCUGCUUUUUUGGGGGGGGGGGUAACCAAAGGACUAUAUUUCUAAACUAAAUAUCACAAAAUCAUUGCCUACAAAUGAGUAGUUUUAGAAAUAUAGAUAGAAUGAUAUAGUGGGAAAAUAGAACCACCAAUAUCUGCAAAAGAAGUAUUUCCCUUCUCUGUGUGUUAUAACGCAUUGCCUCCAAGAAACAUGAUUACUGUGUGAAAAAUAGGUUACAUAAGAAGUGGUUUGACAGUUUAAAGAACCUGAAAGCAGAAUAGCUUGUGAGGGAUCAUUGGAAAAAUAUAGGUUAUAAUGGAUGAUUUUUCUUUUAAAAAUGCUAUCUAGAAGUAGAAUUAAAGCAAAAUAUAUGUUUGAUGAGCUUUCUCGGUUAUACUGUAUUCAGUGUUUUUCUGUCCCAUCAUUUUUUUUUCUCAUUGGGGGCAGCAAACGGAUGAAAAUACUUCACUUUAGUGCAUUUAGAAAACUCCUAUGUGGAAUUUUUGACAACAGUCACACGGCGGGAGUAAAGGCUAAUAAAUCUCAGCACAUUAGUACUUCAUCUCUGGAGGCGUUGCGUACACAACAUUGCUUUCAUAGACUAGAAACAAGUAAUCACAUAAAAUCAGCUUAGAUAUUCUUGACAACUUCUCCCUACACCAUUGUUGAACAGUUGUGGCAAUAGGAUCGGUUCACACGAGUCACCUUUAAGCACGUGAAUACCAGCAUUGUUUUGUGUAGCCCCUAAAGAAAAUUGCUUGAAACCUUCCCAAUGGGAUUGAAUUUUGCUAUUGCCACCCCAGCCACCUAAUGGUCAACAAUGAAAGGAGUUGUGUUUGUAUUACAUCUGGAAGGAGAAGAGAAUUUAACAUGUAUAUAGAGACUAUUAAUAUUAAAUUCUCAAUUGCUGCAUCCCAUCAUAGAUUCUGAAAUGGACAGCAAAACUCAUUUUUCUUAAUAUUUGUGAUAGGCCUUUUUUGCUUUAACAGUAAGAACUGUUAAGAAAAGAAAAUAGUAAUGAGCUUUGUUUAUAGCAAGUGAGUGCAUGCAAAAAUAUAUUGGCUUUCUUGGUAAAAAAUACUUUGAAAUUCUAAAAGCUAGCCAAUUAAUUCUACUAGGAUUAGCAACAAGUUUAUGUUGGCUAGGUUUGCUGUUUCAACUAAUACCAAGGCCCUUUACUAUUCAUUAGCAAACAGAAAAACAUUUGUUUGUUAAAUAACAUUAGAUUUGCUCAAUUAGUAAUGACAAUUUAUAGAAAUCUUUAAUGCAAUAUAAGGAAUUAAGACAGAGAACUGGAAAAUAUCUGUUUGGUUUUAGACACAACAUGUAUUAACAUUUUUGUGUGUUUGAAAGCAAAUUAGAACUUCAACUUUUUAUGGGAAUAAGAGAUUUGUCCUAUUUGUCCUAUACUGUUCACCUAAUAUAAGCAUCUCCAAAAAUUUAAUGAAGACACCUCUUGCAGAUACAAAACUGUUGUGUCUUUCAAUGUAUACAGUAUAUACAACAGAACUCCAUGGGCAUUUAUGAAGUGUGUGUUUCUUUAAGAAAGUGUGUUCAGUUCAGUUAUGUAGGCAUCUCAUACAUGUUAACAGAACUGCAUCUCAAUGUCUCUUAAAUCUAUAUUUGACACUCGGGACAGUAAGUAACUAACAUGGGUGCUAAUUUGGUAGGAUCUACAAAAAACUAACUUUAGUGUAUUCCUGCAAAUUGGAAGAGAAGCCUAUGAGCGAUGGGCAUUUGAAAGAAAUUCCUGCAGAAGUCUAUCCUCAGGUAGAAAAAUCUGAAUGCUAAAUCAGUUAACCAGAAGUAGCUUAAACCAAUUUGACCUUCCUUUCCUACAAAAGAGGCAGUUGUUCAGGUACAUACCAUAUUUUUUGAGGUGCUGUUUAUCAUGGAGCAUUAUUAAUAGUCAUUGACUGCUAUUAGUGGCUAGCAAAAUGAUUCUCAAGAUACAGGAGAAUCUGAUUAUGAUUCUUCUUUAUUUCUUCUGUGUUUUAGUUUAGGUAACUUCAUGUAUAAUUUAGUUGAUAUGCAGCUGUUCUACUUCUGAUCAUUGGUCAUGUUGGUGAUUUGUGAGAGUGGAGACCACAACAUGUUGCCUUCCUACAUCCUGUAAGGAUCAGCCAGACUAUCACUUCCCCUAGUUUUAAAUUUGUAAUUUAUCUAUUCCAACAGGAUGUCUCUGGAAGUACUAAAAUUAUAGUUCCCCUCAUCCCCAACCAGCAAGGUCAAGGGGGAUAACGGGUUAAUAGUCCAAUGCAAUUGUAAAAUAUUACAGUUGAAAAGAUUGCUAUUUAACUUUAUGGAAUUUUUUUAUCUAAUUGUCAGUGGGAUGCUGGAACUGCAUAAUUAUGUGGCUUUUUAUUUUGGUGGAAUACUAAAUUCAUUCUGGACUGUGCCUAAUAGCUUUUGUAUGUUGAUGAGAUUUAAGUUCUAUAUAUGGCAGGGGAACUUUGCAGCUGUGUGUGUUUAGAGCAGUGUUUCUCAACCUUGACAAUUUUAAGGCAAUGCUGGCUGUGGAAUUCUGGGAGUUGAAGUCCACAUGCCUUAAAAUUGUCAAAGUUGAGAAACACUGGUUUAGAGGAAUGAGCUUUUCUUCUAUCACACGACAGAAACUACAUUUGUGAUUAAUUUCCAAAGGGAAUAGGAUUAGUAUAAUACUAAUUGAAUUUCUACCUUCCACCCAGCUGUUGUAUCCACUGACUGGCAUUCCUCCUUAUGCCUAUGUAAUUUUCUUCCAGUUAUGGUUCUCAUGGAUAUGGAAGGUCUAUCAAUCCAAAUACAAAGAAUUUGCAAGCCAUUGUUUAGGACUGAAUGAGAAUAAAGAAGCACACAGGGCACACUCAUCUGUGUUAUGACCAGCAGAUUGCAACGUUCAUGCCAAAGAAACUUCAUUAAGUCAUUUUGCAUCACUGCAGGUUUUAAAAGUAAAUAAAUGGCAUAUUCUAAAGUGGAUUGAGGCAGAUCACAAAGGUUGCUCCGGCAUCAUGUUCUAGGAAUUGCACUCCAUGGCAUUGUGCCUAUAUGCAAGAGAUGUUAAGGUCCAUAAUGCCAGAAGCAACCUGAUUAUGCAUUUUAGAUGUCAUUUCAGGUUUGAUUCCCUGGGAAUCAAAUUACUUACAAUUACUUUAUCAGUAAUGGAACAUAGGGCGCUCAGCCUUGCUUCCCUACAAUCAUUUUUUUUCUUUCAUUGGGAAUGAGACUUGGAGUUGGCUUGUUGCUUCUGCAUUUACAUAUGGAUCUGUGUGUGUGUGUGUGUGUACUUUGUAUUGUUUAAAAUAUAGAGCUUAAUGUAUCUAAUAUUUUUCCCAAAAAAAUAACUGACAAGCCAUGGAAAUGUAUCUAAAUGCUUCAAUAUAAAAUGUUCAAUAAAAUAUUAAAAUGAAAGUUG